AUGCCCACCAUAUUCGUUGCUGUGUUAGGAGCUCGUGACACACACGAUCACACGUGGGAAUGGGGGCAGUGCAAAGAUAACAUAGGCGUCAACGGCCAGAAUCUCUCCCUCACCGUCGUCCCCAACGCCUCCAAGAAAGCCGGCGUUCUGCAAGGUAAACCCGUCUCCUCAACUCGAUGUAAUUCCUCACUUUCACACCCUUUCUAUAGAUUUAUCCAUAACCGCAUCGCCCUCAUGUCCGCCUCUAGUCCUGACCUGGAAAGACAGGUCUCCGAUACCACUCAAGUCGGGGAAGACCAUGGCCCUGGAGACUUGAACCCAAUUGAGGAGCGAUCUAACAUCGAUCAAGCUUCGCCUGCAGACGGUCCAUACGAUUACGCUUCUUCGAGGCGAAGUGGGCCUUCUAAUCCACGCCCUCCCUUUACCCCUUCGGAGGCGGAGGUCAAGGAGCAGAUGGGUGAGAAACCGUGGCGGUGUGGUGAUCCACGGCACUAUGAUAUACCAAAGAAUGGGGAUGCGUGGCAGAAGUGCCAUGCAAUGGUGGAGAAGCACGACAACGAAAUGUGCGACGCCUGGAGAGAUGAGGUGGAUAAAUUGUUGAUCUUCGCUGGUCUCUUCUCCGGAGUUGUAACCGCUUUCACUAUACAAUCCUAUCAAUGGCUACACGAACAUUCUGCGGAUUCUUCAGCCCGACUUCUCAGCUUCAUUGCAACACAACUCGUAAACUCUACUAAUCCCUUACCACCAUCCCUUGCCAUCGCAGAAUUCACCGUCACCCAAGCUCAAAUGCGGAUCAAUGUAGUAUGGUUCCUCAGUCUCUCAAUGAGCCUGACAACUGUGCUAGUUGGUAUCCUGUGCCUCCAGUGGCUUCGAGAAUUCCAACGCGAUGCAACCCUCUCUCACAAAGACGCCGUGGUCCUUCGUCAAAUGCGAUACGAGGGGCUGACGAGAUGGCACAUCCCUGGCAUCCUCUCCAUUCUCCCCCUCCUCCUCCAACUAUCCCUCAUCCUCUUCUUCGUUGGUCUCCUCGACCUCCUUUGGUCCCUCAACACCCCCGUGGCAGCAUGUGUCUCUGCAGUAGUUGGGAUGGACAUGCUCUUCUUGAUAGCGACCACAGCCCUGCCUGCCCUGCAACAGGUCUUGACAAGGGACAAACAUCUCCGUGUUCCUCAGUGCCCUUACAAAUCCCCGCAGUCGUGGCUCUUCUAUAGCGUUGGGCGCUGGUUCUUCUACUUCCCUUUGCGCUGCUACGUCUGGCUGACCAACCAAUCGAAAAUCUCACUUCCCCGCCUUUAUGAAUCUUUAUGCAUCAACAACUGGCUUGCAUAUGACGAGCGCUGGCGCAAGCUUCGCAAUGCCGAAGAUCUCUCCUGGGGCGAACCCAUGAAGAUAUGCGAUUCCCACGAUGUUGUUCAUGGCCUCCACUGGAUAAACAAGACACUCGCACAAAGCGUCGAGGCCAUAUUCCCCGUCUACCACUCCCUUGUAGAGCUAGACAUUCUUGCUGCGGCAGCUACAAUAUCUGAGAUAUAUCUCGAAAUAAGGCUCCUGGACAACACCACGUUCUUAAUACACGACUAUGCCAUGUUUGAAACAUUGAUGAAUGAUUGGUUCUCCCCAAAUGAGAUGCAAAAACGGGACAUUAUAGCCGCGUAUUAUCUGAAAUUGUACCAGGACAGGCACCCAGUUGUGAAGAUAUGGAUAUUGAAUAUGCAAAAUGUGCCCCCGCCAUGCUAUCGCUGGCUUUCCCAGAUCCUCUGGGAUUUACGGUUGGGACUUUUGCCGGCCCCGGUGGUGACUCAGUUGAACACGAACAAGAUUAUUAUCCAAGCCUUACUCUGCGUCAAUACCUUCAUCACACGAGACAUCCUAUGCACCGACGACGCCGUCAUGGCAUGGAUUCUCCUCCGCCAAUUGCUCACACUACCCCCAUCUGCACCUCCCAACUCAACGCACCCCACCAACUCAGAGCCAUUCAACCUCGACCACAUCAAGCUUGCCGGCGGGUUCUUCAAAGCACUUGAAGGAUGGCUAUCGCGGGGGCAAGAAACGGAUCAGUGGGUGAGGGUCAAGGUGUGUGCGGAGGGAAUGAUGAGGCUGUUUUCUUCCCCGAUCGACAUCGCGGCGCUGAAUGAUACUGGAAGUGCUUUGACAAUGUCAUUUGUGGCUCUGAGCAUAUGGAACUUGAAGCCGCGUUGUAACUUCGCAGUGGGAAUGGGGGAGAAUCUCUCCCUCGCCGUCGUCCCCAACACCUCCAAGAAAGCUGGCGUUCUUCAAGAGCUUGCCCGGCUCGCGUAG